AUGAGUGAGUAUGGUACUCGUAUAAUCCUGGCUUGGGAUGCUCGAGUUUUAGAUGUCAUGGUUUUAGAGGCUCAUAAUCAAUUCUUAAAUUGUAAGGUGCUUAUACGGGGUAGUCAACAUUAUAUUUUCGUUUCUUUUGUAUAUUGGGCUAAUGUUUGUAAUGCCCGUCAUGCUUUAUGGUCGGGGCUGCGGAAAUUUAAAGUGCUCAUUGGUUCUUCCCCGUGGGUUGUAAUGGGGGAUUUUAACACCAUGUUAUUCCCUCAUGAUGGUUUUGGAGGCUCCUCUCGUCGUAACUUGGAUAUGGCUGAUUUUUUUGCUUUUGUAGAGGAUGUGGAAUUAUUUGAUUUACAUUAUACAGGUGUCCAUUUCACGUGGAACCAAAAACCGAACUCUUCGGGGGGUAUCAUGCGGAAAUUGGAUAGAGCUAUGGGGAAUGAUGAGUUCACGUCUGUUUUUCAAGAUGUUAAUGUUCAUUUUCAUCCUUCGGGUCUUUCGGAUCAUACUCCAGUAACGGUUUCUUUCAGAUGCGGCAUUCGGAAAAAAAGGCAUGGGUUUAAAUUUGACAAUUUCUUGACUGAACAUCCAGGUUUUCUUCAAGUUGUAAAGGAUGAAUGGGCAAAUAAUAUCGAGGGUUCCUUUAUCUUUCGAGUGACUUCUCAUUUGAAGGCGCUGAAGAUUCCUCUUCGGAAACUUCGUCAUUCUUAUGGCAACCUUGGUCAACGUGUUGCCUUUUUGAAGACUGAACUUGAUCGUAUCCAAUUGGAUGUUGAUAAUGAUCCUUCUAAUGUUGAGCUAGGUCUAGAGUUGGGUCAUAUUCGUAUUGCGUAUCAAAAUGCAUGUAAGGAUGAGAAUAGUGCCGCAAAACAACGUGCCAAAAUUGCAUGGUUGAAUGAAGGUGACUUGAAUACUAAAUUCUUCCAUAAAGUGAUUAAAGAACGACAUCAUUACAAUUCUAUUCAGUCUGUGUGUACAAGUGAUGGAGCUUAUGUAUAUGGUGAUGAUGUGCCUAAUGUUUUUGUGGAUCAUUUUAAAGACUUUCUGGGUACGAGGUAUGUUUCUUCUGAUCCGACUAUGACUAAUGAUGUUUUCAUGCGUAAACUUUCUUUGGUUGAAGCUAAACAUAUGAUAAGACCAAUUCACAAUGAAGAAAUUAAAAAUGCUAUGUUUAACAUUGGUAAUUAUAAAGCUGAUGGGUAUUCUUCUAAGUUUUUCAAAGAGGCUUGGGACAUUGUUGGCUGUGAUGUGGAGACUGCAAUUCAUAAUUUCUUUUAUCGAGGUAAUCUUCCGAAGAGCUUGAAUCAUACGCUUUUAUGUCUGAUCCCUAAAUCUAUUAAUGCUUCUAAGGUUACAGAUUAUCGGCCUAUAGCAUGA